AUGGCUCAAUACUUUUUCCAACAUCAUUCUCGCGUUCCCUAUCAAUCCGGCAUUGGUGCUGCUGGCACUACUGGCCUUUUACGAAACGAUUUCGCUCCUUGGAAACGAGAUCUUCAACAACUGGGUGGUUUACAUUUGGAUUGCAAAAUUCAAAAAUACCCUACUAAAUAUCAAUACGCCAAUAUUGACCAUAAUAAUAACCAAGAGAAUUUCGCAAAAUAUCGUCAUCAAAUUAAUGUCAAUAAAUUUCCUAUCAACAACAAAAACGCGACAAUCCUCCCCAGUUUCUUUGACAAGCCGCAAUACAUUCAAUUCAGAAUUCAAUCAAUCACAAUCGAUGACGAGUACUUCGAUGGGAAAAUAGCCUCGAAAACUUCGCCACCGUUUUUAGGAAUGGGAAAUUUGCGCUAUCAUUAUGUCAAAGGAAGUUUUGGAUUAUAUGUGAACGAUAAUACUGUGAAGAUUCUGAUUCCCAUCGAGGCGUUGGAUGAGAUUGCAACGAGUGAUUUGAAUUCCUUCGUAUUGAAUUUGAAAAACAAUGGUGGUUCUUUUAUCAAUUACAAAAUAUUGGAUGAAACGUUUACCAAUAAAAAAAUAGCACUGGACCUCAAAACCGCACAAUCCAUGAAAAUUAUCGCGUGCGAAGACACACCAGCACAGAAAAUUGAUAUGACCAUAUUACACGUCAAACAUGAACUUAAGAUACUUAAAUCGCUUGACAAAGAGCAGCAACAACAGCUAGAAGAAAAUGAUGCAAAUGCAGCCAGUGGAAAAGGAAAAACCGAAGAUCUCAGUGAUGAAGACGAAGGGGACCUUUUGGGUUCUAGUGGAGAAUCAGCUUUCGCGGGGUGGAGUUCUAUUUUGGAUCAAAGUCUUUUCGAUAAAAAGUGUGACGACAUAGAAAAUAACAAAGACACUUUCGAUAAAGAUAAAACCAAUAGAGAAUCCAUCACCAAUUCUGGAACUUUCUUAGUGAAAUUUCACAAUUCCGAAGAAAUUCGCGUUUUCCAAUUUUUCAAUGAAGUCACUUAUGAUGAAAUAAAAUCAUCUAUUCAAAAAACUUGUGGUCUACAAGAAAUUCGAAAGUUGAAAUGCAAGGACGAAGUCGGCGAGAUGAUUACGAUCACUAGUCAAUACGACUUCAACACCGCUUUUGACUUUUACGCGACAAACAAUAAAUUGGAAUUGUGGUUGGCUCAGUGA